AUCCACAUCCACAUCCACAUCCACAUCCACAUCCACAUCCACAUCCACAUCCAGUGUCACUCCUGCUCACGUCAUGUCUUUCUUGUCGGCUAUUCUGCAUCGCAGACGCUCUCGUACCAUCACUCGGCAUCCCGAACCAGUGAAAUCAAGUGGUCCGUCCAGCUCGGCGAUAUCCAGUCCAUCAACCGAUUCCCAGAUACCCCCUCCCAGCCAAAGCACUUUAUCUUUGUCCUCGUCACAAAAAACAACGAGACUCUUGAGCUUGCCGCCGAGACCGCCGCCAUCCAGAACCACUGGGUCAACCUGCUCUCGGCUGCACUCGAGUCGAGUUGGAUGGUGGCCGUCAGCACCUCCUUCACCGGCCCCAGAAAGGCCAUCCUGCAGGAUCUUGAGGACAUGCGCCAUCGGCACCGACAGGAGGUCGUAUACGUCCGUCCUGAUCCCUCUCCGGCAGAGCUGAGCCCGGUCACCACGCCCCUUGCCCUCGAUGCCCCGGAUGCCGAUCGCUUUGCCGUUCGCAGAGGCGCCCGUGGGCUGGUCCAGUCCAUGAGCUCGCUUCCACUCAAGUCCCUGCACAUCUCUGACGACAAUCUUCACUCUGCCACCAUCGCUGGAUCACCGCUGCACCGACGAACCGGGUCGUUCAGCGGGCAGGUCGGCCGCCGGCUUGGUGAGUCGUCUCUGAGAGCCUCCAUCGCCCUCCCCUACCAAGACCGGAUCGUCACCAUGACCGGCUCACUUGCCGAAAGCCGGGCAUCAUCAAAAUCGAGCUCCAAGCUGGGCUCGCCAUCAAAGUCGCUUCUGAAGCUUGAGCUACUCAUGGCUGACCUGCUCCUGUCGGCACACGAGCUCGAUUCUCCCUCGAGGACGCCGGCGGUCAUUGCCGCACUGACGCCCCAGAGAACCACCUGGGGAUAUCAGCCAAAUCAGCAAGCCGCCCUGACCCUGAGCCUCGACCUGCCAGCCCUCGGCACAGGCAAGUUCAUCAGCGAAGACGAGCUCAGUCUGAUACUGCAGCGCACCCAUCUGAUGAGCCCGGCCAUGGCUGCGGCCAGGACAUUCGAGAUCCCAGCGUCGCAGCAACAGCAGCAACAGCAGCAGCAGCAGCAGCAGCAACAGCAACAACAGCAACAGCCUGCUCCUUCGAUUACCGUUGCGCUCAUCCCUGGGUUCAUCCGCCAGGCGCUGGCGAGCAUCGGCGGGCUCGAAGAGCUCAUCGUCCACCAUGUUCCAAGCCAGCGCCCGCGAUUGAUGGAAAAGACCCUCCAGGUGGUCUCGGCCAGCACCGAUCUGCAGCGCAUGCUCGACCAGAUUGGCAAGGACGGGACCGAGCGCUCGGCCACAACCCAGUUCCAGAAUGCCGUUCGUCUCCUCUGCCGCAAGUCGACCGAGUUUGGCCGCUGUGCGAUCGAGAGCAACGAGCGCAAGAUGCAGGGCCGGCCGUACUCGUGGACGGACGACCGGGUGGUGUUUGUUGCCCCUCCGGUCUAUGUGCAGCUGCAGCCCCUGCCCCAGGAGCAGCAACACCAGCAGCAACACCAGCAUCAGCAUCAGCCGCAGGAGGAACCGCAGGAGAAGUCGCCGAAACAGCCCCAGGAACAACCACAGCCAGACCCGGGUUUCGCCGCAAACAAGAUCGAGACCACCGGAGCGAUUGCAACCCGGGAGCUCGCCGAAGCCCUGCAUCUGGUCGAAGAAAAGCUGAUGAUUUUGCGAGACGUCUUCACCGAGUACAGUGUGCUCGGCCGGUAACCGGACAUUGGCAUGUAGUCGCAGCCAUAGCCGUAGUCGCAGUCGCAGUCGCAGUCGCAGUCGCAG